AAAGUCUAAAAAAAAAUUAUUCAACAAAAUGCAAAGAAAUUUGUUACUUUCCUUGCGCCCGUUGCUCCGCCGGUCCCAAGUGUUGUCUCCGCUGUAUGCUACCCCGCGGAUGUUUGCGACCCCGCAGGUGUUUGCGACCCCGCGGUUGUUUCAAACUGGUUCCCUGAUGCAGGCUCAGAAGAAAAUCAAGGGCAAGCUCUCGCCGAAGAUAGCCAAGUUGCAGAGGCAAUAUCAGGAGAACAAUGGAAAGCCGGUGUUCCUCAAGGGCGGACCCAUGGACAACAUUCUAUAUAGGCUGACUUGGGUCCUAGCCAUCAUAGGCAUCUUGGGCGAUGUCUGGCUUUGGCUUGGAUAUAUAAUAUUUAAUUAACGUAUAUAAACGACUUACACAUGCAGAUAGUCAACACAAGUGCCACGACUGUCAUCAAAAAAUGCGACACUUAAAUCAACCAUUUCUGCUCCACAUCCCUCCCAAAUUCAACAUGUAACACUAAAACAUACAAAAUCGUCGUGCUUUCUGCGCCGCAUCCCUCCCAAAAGUAACAUGUGACAUUAAAUCAAAAGAAAUAUUCCCGUUUUCUGCA